CGCUGGUCUGCUGUCUUGUGCUUCGCUGUAGAGGAUGGCUUUGCAGACUGUGGGUCGCCGUUAUACGCUAGUUACUCACGGUUACAGUUUUAUUAUUUUUUUAGCACAAGCAUGUGCGUCUUGUUACCACUGCACAUAUAAUUAAAAAGAGGAACUGGAGCAAAAACAACCAGUUCUGCAUAGUAGUAUUCAAGUAUUAUUAUAAUAUACCUUCUACUCUAGUGAUCUUAUCAUAUGAACGGGGAGCUGAUAAUCCGUUACCGUUAAAUAGGCGAACAAUAAUCAUAUUUUUGUUAUCUGCUGGACUGGUUUCACAAGGACGCAACCACAAGCUCUGCACAGAUCCAUAUGGACCACACUGGGGAGGCCUGAUGACGUCUGCACCUGGCUGAAGUCUCUGUGCCUCGUGAAUCAAAAGUGCUACGUUUGCUGUCUUUCAGUCUCACCGAGAUGUCAUGGAAGUGGCAGAUUAAAAUGUGCCUUGUCUAAUCCUCUGUGAUACCACCUGCAUGCUAGACCAUGAGAGUCUUGGAUUUAUGACUUCAACGAGAACGCAGAAAUAAAUACGACCAAAUCAAAUGGAGGAUCUGUAUAAGGAUGAUCAGGCUGGCAUGCCUCUGGAUAUGACCACUCCCCAAACAGCGCUCGCUACAUCAGGAGGCGGAGGAGUGGGUGGCAAUGGAAAACUUGAGAAUGGCAUGACCCAGCUGAUUACUGCAGAAGCAUGGAACAUUAACCCAACAGGCCUAAUGAAAAAAGCCUUAUCGCCUCUGGUGGCAGUCCCUGCCCCUCCUAUGGUGACACCUCCAACCGAGUCAUCUGGGGGAGUAGCUUUGAAAGUAGCUGCUACUGUCCUCCAGCCCAUCUGUCUUGGUGAUAGUCCAGUGAUGUUGCCCAUUCACUUGCAGGCAGCAGGCAGCACAGCACCUCAGAUCAACCCAUCUGGAAACACUUCCUACAUUAUGACUAACCAGGGGCCAGUGCCUCUUCCAAUAGUGUUAGAGCAGCAUAUGUUUCAGCAUCUGAACUCUCCAGUACUGCCUCAAGGUGUUCCUUGUCCUACAAUAUCUUUGCAAAACAAUGUUUUGUGCCAGAACUCUUCAGUCUCUUUUGGCCAGCCGCCUUCACUGGACCAGAAACCUUCUAAUCAAACGCAGGAUCCUGGUAUCCUUCCUUUAUUCCAAAAUCCAGGUUUUACAACCAUUCUUCAGGAUCUGUUUCCCCCCCAAAACAACUUGGGUCCAUCCACUUGUCCUUCCACAAACUCUGCACCCGCAGACAAUUUUUCUUCAAAUUUUUUCACACCUCCAAUUCCUCAAGCCUACAGCUCACCUUUAUCUCCCUUAGUUCCUCCUGCCAUUCUCCUUGUUCCUUAUCCUGUUAUUGUCCCUCUUCCAGUCCCAGUACCUAUUCCAAUUCCUGUCCCUAUCCCUGUCCCUCAGUGCUCAGACUCUAAAGCUUUUUCAGACUCGCACAAACCUACUUGCACUACAAACAAAAGCACCCAGACUGGAGUCAAGGAAGCUCUAAGCCCCCAACAUCAGCCCCACAGAGACAUCUCCAUGCAAGUGAGUCAAAUAACAGGUCCUCCUGCUACAGAUGGGGAGGUCCUAGAUCUUUCCUUCAAAACCCUGACUUUACCAACAAAGCAAGAGAUACCAUUCCAACAGGACAGCAUCUUGGAUUUGUCUGUGAGUAGUGUCAGGAAACGCAGUUUCCCUGUCACUCAUUGUGACAAUGCUAAGGACCCAUCACGAGGUCUUCCUGUGGAACGCCCGACUUGCUCUGGAGAACAAUCUUCAAGUUCUGCCUUAUCCUUAGAUGUCCUAAGACCAACAGAGAGCUCACAGAAAGUGGAUUCUAAAUUGCUUAAUGGGUUAGCCUCUGUUGAAUUCAGCCGACAGCAUAAAUGGGUUGUUGACCCCAAUAGUAACAGGCCAGGAUGCGAUCCCAAGUGUGGUGGAAACAACAUUGAGAUUGUGAGCACCUCGCAGACAGCCAAAGUCAUUGUGUCUGUGAAAGAUGCUGUCCCUGCUAUUUUCUGUGGAAAAAUUAAGGGUCUCUCUGGGGUUUCCACAAAAAACUUUUCUUUCAAAAGGGAUAGCAUACAAGAAUCUAUGUUGCAGCAGUGUUACGAUGUGAAGGGUCAGGCAGAGCAACGGGACAGCAGUGACAUGCUCAAAAAGCCUCUGAAAAGCAGAAGUGUCAAAUUAAAGAAGGUGAACUCCCAAGAAAUUCAUAUCCUUCCCAUCAAAAAGCAGCGACUAGCUGCAUUCUUUCCCAGAAAGUGACAUUUGCAUGUCAACAAGAUUACUUAUAUAUUGCUAUAGAAUUAAUCUUUUAUAGUGACAAAUUUUUUUAGCACAUGAAAGGGAAAAGGAUUUUGAAAAAUGUUUAAGUUGCCUAACUAGAAGAGGCACUGUUGAAACUAAAUCAUUAUUUAAGAUAAUAUACAGUAUAAUAUACUUAGUGAACCAUCACGUUUUAUGGGUUUUUUUUUUUUUAAUAAGAAAAAAAUUGCAGGCCACCAACAUAUACACACACACAAAACUAUAUACAAAACUUAAAAAAGUGAGACUGAACAGGAAACGGCACACUGACAAAGGUCUUUCUGAAUUUAUGUGCAAAAACAAAAUACUUCUUUGGUCCCUUUUACUUAAAGCCAUUACCGCGAUGGUGCCACUGUGGUGGUAACAAUAAUAAUAACAAAUCAUAAUAGCAGCAGUCAUUAAAAAUAUUUAUAUCUGGGAAAUAUUGUUAACGCAUUCCUUUUAUUUUUUUUUUUUGUAGAGGUACAUAAUUGUACUAUAUAUAUUUUUUUUAUUUUGUUAUCAUGCAUGUGCAGAUGUAAAUGUACCAGUUCUCAAAGCAUAAUAUGAACACCCAGUGUUCUUGUUGGAAGAUUAAAUGCAAAACGCUGCUCAUUCCGGGACAAUGAGAUCCGGGGAUUUGAAUGGCUACAGCUGCUGUCAGCAGAUAUCACUGAGGACUUGGAGCAGAUAUUAUUUUUAAUGAUUUUUUUAAACCGAAUUUCAAGAGGCAAAUGUUUACGGAGAGAGAGAGGGUAACUGCUGUAUGGCGCUCCAAAACAGUCAUUUUCUUUUAUAAAUAAUCUCUUAUGAAAAAAACAAAUGAAAAGCAAUUAAAAAUAUAUGUAUGUAAAUACCCAAAUGUACAGCUUGAAAUUAUGCUGUGAAUUUAAUAUAUAGAACUUUUCAUGUUUUGUAGCUGCUAAAUUAUUUAUUGUACAGGAUAAAUGCAUGCUCCUUCAAUAUAUUUAAAUUCACUUGCAAUUUAUUUAAAUAAAAACACAUUCAAAUGAGCAAGAACAUUGCUAAAAAAUUACAAAAUAAAAAAUAGACAAUUAGAUAAACACAAAUAUACAAUUUGAUUUGUAACUGCAUCAUAAUUAAUGGUGUGCCAAGACACAAAUUUUGCCUUGUAUUGUAGUCUUAGAAGUCUUUUAAGAUAAUGACUGUUCAUGACUCCCAGUAGGGUCUGUACUGUUAAAAUAGUUUAUUCUUGCGUUCAAAGCUGUCACAGAAGUAUACCUAAAACAGGUAAAUGUCUUUGUUUAGGAUUUUAAUCAAUGAAUCUAGGUAAGCCCCAUUAUAACUACUUAGUUUAUGAUGGCAAUUUCAAUAAAUAAAUGGCAGAAUUAAAACAAGGCAGCUUUAAGACUUUUUCAAUCAAGAGGCAUUAACAUAUAAUAGAAAUUGGCAGUAAUUCCCUAAAACCAAACAAGCAUUGGGACACCAGUUUCUGAUUACUGUAUAAAAUGACAAAAAAAAAAGGCCCCGAAAACAUCCAUCAUGGUUGUUGUGACACGCCUUCAGGCCUUCAUCCUCCGGCUCCGCUUAAAUUGUUCUAUCGGCCAGUUUUGAUGUUAAUAAUAAUGGUGACAUUUUCAGCUAUUUCUCUGAGGCUGACUUACAAAAUGCUCUGUGCAGCUGGAACACACAAUGAGCAUAUGAUUUCAUUAUUUUCCCAUAUAGGAGGGUCUAGAUGAGUUACCCCUUUAAGAUGUCAGUCAUAAAAGAGGUCUGGGUAAUUUUCUCAUAUUUAUUACACUUUGUGUAAGUGCAGCAAAAUAAAAUGUAAAGCUAAACAACAAGUAAAUUACUUUUCAACACCCUAAAAAGGAUUGACAAGGUAAAAAUCUGAGAUUUGAGGAAACCAUUGAGAUCUGACUUGUAUGUAAAGCAGGGGUCUCCAACUCCAGUCCUGGAGAGCUACUGUGGCCACAAGUUUUCAUUCGAACUCUUGUCCUAAUUAGUGACCAGUUUUUGCUGCUAAUUAACUAUUUCCCUUUAUUUUAACUGACUUUUCUUGAGACUCUGACCAGUGAAUUAAUUCUUUUUUUCCUUAAAUGGCACUUAAACAUAAAUUUGAUGUGAAGUGAGCCAACAGAUGACCAACUAAGUUGGGGCCUCAAACUCCAACCUUCAUUCAGUUUCUUAAUUUGAAGUCAAUUCUCGUUACUAAUUAAACCCGUUAUUUAAUUCCAUGGUGCUCAUUCUGCCAUGGCAGACAUUUCCAAAACUGUUGAUUUUCUUUUUUAAGAGCGCUGUCAAAAUGUUUUGUGGACCUGAGCAGAUCAGCAUUACUGAGGUCUUCACCUUUCUUUGUUUUCAGUUUUUGUGUGAUGGACGCAGGUUGCUGUUUAAGUGUUGGUUCAUUUUGUGUCAUAAUAUUGUUUGGUUGAUAAUUAAGGAAAAAAGAAAUAAUUAAGGGGCCUGAGUCUUAAGUUGUGCAUCAAUUAAAAUUAAGGCAAAGAGCUAAUUAGCAGCAAAAUCUGGUCACUAGUUAAGAAAAGAGUUCGAAUGAAAACCUGCAGCCACAGUAGCUCUCCAGGACUGGAGGUUUUUAUCAGUGCCAGGAGCUCCAAAUCCGAGCCUUUGUGUGAAAAUGUGUGUGUAAAUUCUGUUUGUGCUUUGCAGACACUGCAAAUAGCACCAGAGGCCCUAUAAUGUUUGUCUCCUUCAUACUUUAUUUAUUUUGCCAUAAAACACUCCAACAAAGCAAGUUCAAGAGAUGAAACUAUGUCUUGGGUGUAACCCACCUUUUAGCACACUUCACUAAUACCUGGUAACAGUUCUUUUUAAAUAUUAUAUGCACUAAACAGUAGAUACCAGUAUUUGCUAAUUACUUAUAUAUAAAAACAAUACUAUUAGCAGAAAAGUAUUUUAGAUUUAAACUGAAUAACCCCGAUUACAAAAUUAUGGGUUUUAAAUAGGGCAUUGCCCCCUAUGUUCCUUAAAAAGGGAUUGCGUGAGUUAGUUAAUAGCCACAGAAGUGACACAAACACAAACAUCAGGUCUCCAGUCCAGCUCUGCAUUGAGUUCAAAUAUGCAGCGUCAGGCAACACAAGCGUAGCGGAAAGGAUUAUUUAUAGCUCUCUGUUCUUGGACAGUUUCAUCCAUUCAGUUACUGAAAUCGAUUAAUCUAAUUUUACAGUCAUGGACAGUAGGAACUGGAAUGUUUUUUUUCAGUCCAUCUGAAGACUUAAAGUACCAAAUUCAAUUUGAAAUACCAGACCACAUUACUGUCUCCUUCAAUAUAAGAAGAAACAGUCAUAGCCAAGCUAACUAUUUAUAAAUCUCAUCAUAACUUUGUUUAGCACAAAUUACAUCACCGAGAAACAUUUGACUCAUUUCCUCACAUGUACUGUCAUUUCUAAGGACCAACAUUUGCCAAUAAUGUAAUAAAUGUGUGUAAUUUCACUAAUAAAUUGAAGGGUGCUGAUAUAAUACGUAUAUAUAUUUUUUUCCCACAAGUUAAAAAAACAUUUUUUUAGCAUAGAUUGUGUUAUGUGGAAUCACAGGCUUCUGGUUAAAAAACCCAUUUUUUGUUUUUAAAUGUGUGACAAGGGUGGGAAUGUUGUUGAUAAUUUACAGCAAGAUUUCUUGUUCUUUAUAAAUGUAUAAUGUGUGUAUCAUUCUCCAGAUUUAAAGGUGAAGUAUCUCUUCAGAGUUGUGGAACAGUACAUUUGCUGUUGUUGUUUAGCGGAUUAGUUUAAGCCAUGAUGGGUUUUUUUUAUGUACUGCAAGAAACAAGACUGUAAGCAAUUUUGUAAGCAAUGAACCUGAAUGGAAAUUUUCUACAAGGAGCGAAAUGCUUUACUUUUUUAUGAUGCCGUGGGAUAACUUGUGUGAAAGAAGAAUUAAAGCUUCUGAUGUACUGA